UGGUCUGCAGCAACAUGGCACCAACUGUCCUUCUCUCCUGCCUCCUGGCCCUGUUGGUGGCAGGUCUGGCCCAAGGCACCAAGGAUUCCUUCAGGGUCCAGGAUCCAGGUCCCCGGCCACUGGAGCUGAGAGAGGUCUUCACUUUGUUCCAGAUCCAGUAUAAUCGAAGUUAUUCAAACCCAGCAGAGCAUGCUCGCCGCCUGGAUAUCUUUGCCCGCAACCUGGCCCAGGCUCAGCGGCUACAGGAGGAAGACUUGGGUACAGCCAAUUUUGGGGUGACUCCUUUCAGUGACCUCACAGAGGAAGAGUUUGGCCAGCUGUAUGGGAAUCAGAGGGCAGAUGGAAAAGCCCCCAGUGUGGACAGAGAGACAGGAUCUGAUGAGUGGGAGGGGUCAGUGCCCUCAACCUGUGACUGGCGGAAGGCACCGGGUGUCAUCUCAUCUGUCAAGUACCAGGAAAACUGUCUCUGUUGCUGGGCCAUGGCAGCAGCGGGCAACAUCGAAGCCCAGUGGGCCAUUAAACACAAAGAGUCUGUGGAAGUCUCUGUGCAGGGUAUGGCUGGAAGAGGGCUCAUGUGUGCCAGUGGGGGGUUGGGACCUGGGGCUUGGUCACUCACAUUGUCCCUACUUUCACCAGAGCUACUCGACUGUGGCCGCUGUGGGGAUGGCUGCAGGGGCGGCUACGUCUGGGAUGCGUACAUAACUGUCCUCAACAACAGUGGCCUGGCUAGCGAAAAAAACUACCCAUUCCAGGGGGUGGUCGGAAAGAAGUGCCAGGCCAAGAAGUACAAAAAGGUGGCCUGGAUCCAGGAUUUCAUCAUGCUGUCGGACAACGAGCAGAAAAUUGCCUGGUACCUGGCCACUGAGGGCCCCAUCACUGUGACCAUCAACAUGAAGCUAUUGCAGCAAUACAAGAACGGUGUAAUCAGGGCCACACCAACCACCUGUGACCCUCAACAUGUGAACCAUGUUGUCCUGCUGGUGGGUUUUGGUAAGACCAAGUCAGUGGAGCGGAGGCGGGCAAAGGCAGUCUCAUCCCAGUCUCAUUCUCGUCAGUCCACCCAAUACUGGAUUCUGAAGAACUCCUGGGGGGCCAACUGGGGUGAGGAGGGUUAUUUCCGGCUGCACCGAGGGAGCAAUGCCUGUGGUAUCACCAAGUACCCGAUUACUGCCCGAGUGGGUAAACCAGACAAGAAGCAGCGAGUCUCCUGCCCUCGCUAAGCCCGCCCCUCAGCUCUCUCCUGCUAUGCCAGCUGCCUCCUUGCUGGUUGAGCCCCAAAGUCUUCUCCUGUCCUCCCAAUCUUCUUGCUAGGAGUUGAAUAAACAAACAUAAGAUUCUG